AGCACAUUUCGUCCUUGGAUCCUGACCUUAACACUGCCAAUUAGACGACCUCGUAAAGGUCGUGUGUUGUGUGACUUUAGCGUCAUCCCAUAGGACGUCCUCAUGUUUGUCAAAUGGGUGGUUCUGAGAGAAAUGAACACCUGAAACAUGGUGAUGGUGCACCUAAACAUAAGCGUCCGAACUUUUUUCGAAAAUUGGGAGAUCGUAUUCUCCGAGCUUUCCACAGGAAGCCUCGUGGUCGUAUAACACGAAUCGAUGAUAGAUACACUCAUUCAACUGGCGACCUUAUUAAUGAUGUACAGGACUCCAGAACAAAAACAACCGAUGACUUUAGUUCCUCCGGUGUUCGAUGUGAACUUCCUGGCCCAUCAUUGAGGUGA